AUGAAAACAUCCAUGAGUGAGAAAGAAGAAGAGAAAUCUUUUAAAUUUAAAUUGUUUGUACCACCAAGACUGAGUAAUACCCAGGUGUCUGCAGUCAAACCACAGUCAAGUACACGGGAUGAGGGUUUCUUUCAGAAUUUUAGUAAUAGAACAGAAGACUAUUAUAACUCAUCUUAUAGGAUGAAAAAUGUUUCAAAACCUAUAGAAGUCAUUGCAUCCUCUAUUCCACUAUUUUCUCAAAGCUUUACCACAAAAAAGAAGAUUGAGAUAUGGACAGAAAUGCUCAAGAGUAAGAUUGACCAUGGAUCCAGGCCAGAAAUAUUGGAGAUUGAUCCAAAGAUCAAAACAAUACCAGAUAACAUUGCAAAUAUUACUAAUAUGGAGACAAUGAAUGAGCUUUAUUCAAGGCUUUACAAAGAAGCAGAAAAGAUCAAGAGAUGGAAAGUCAGUGUACAAUAUGAAUUAAAGGAAAAAGAGAAAAAAAUGCAAGAAAAUAGAAAGAUUAUUGAAGCAUUGCGUAAAGCCAUUCAGGAAUUACAGGGUACUUCUAGUGCUGACAACCAUAGCUAUUCACUGCCAGUAUUCUCUUUCACUACUGUAACAACACUUAUGGAUUUGGAAUAUUUGGAAACUGGAGUAAAAUUUGAAAAUGAAAAGUUAAGCCUAAAACUUGAAGAUGAAAUACAUGAAAACAAUGAACUUCUAAAAGAGAAUAAUGCUACAAGACAUUUGUGCAACUUACUCAAAGAAAAAUGUAUGCAAUCAGUGGAGAAAUGCAACAAAUAUGAAUGUGAACGAGAAGAAACUAGACAAAUGUAUGUGGAUCUUAACAAUAACAUUGAGAGAAUGAUAAAGGCUUUUGAAGAACUUCGUGUAGAAGCAGAGAACAUCAGACUGGAAAAGUAUUACAAAAUAAAAGAAGCAGCUGAUAAAAUAGAACAGCUUGAAAAAGAACACAAGAGAGAGAUAAAUUCCUUGGAAAAAGAGAUUUCUUUACUGAAAGAAGAAAAUGGUAAAAAAGAUAACAAAAUAAAACAGACAGAUAGUCAGUUACAGGAAUCAAGAUUGUUAAUACUUGAAUUUGAAGAAAUAAGAAAACAACAAGAUGAGAUAAUAAAAAAAGCAGAAAGCAAACAACAAAACUUUUUGGCAGAACUGGAAAAUACUACACAAUCUUUGGAAGAUACAAAGAAUACUUGUAAGAAUUUAGAAACUGAGUUACAAAUUACAGUAAAAACAUUAGCAGAAGUCACUGAACAAAAGGAAUUGAUUAUAAGAGAAUUUGAAGAAACUAGAGUUCUGCAUGCAUCAGUUACUGAUGGGUUCCAGAUUGAAGUUUCUAAUUUGAAGGAGCUGCUAUUGAAAGAAGAAAAUAGGCAAAAGGAAUUGAGAGAUGCUUCAGAUGCAUUAGUUUUGAAACUCCAAAAUAAAUCAACUGAACUAGAAAUGAUGACCAAACUGAAAAAUGAUAAAGAAAAGCAAAUUGAAGAAUUGGAACCAGUCUUAGUACAAGUCCAAGAAUUUUUACACGAAAAACAAAUUCUUGGGAAGACUGUUGAGAAAUUACAAGAAACAGAAAGAGAGUUAAAGGACACUCUUCAGACAAGAGAGAAAGAAAGACAUGAUUUAGAAAUGCAAUUGUCCGAUGAAUUUGAAAAUAAACAAAAUUACUUUCAACAACUUGCAACACUGAAAACAGAGCUUGAAAAAGAAAUUCUAAAGAAUAAAGAGUUAAAUAUGGGGUGGAACAAAAUUUUAUUUGAGAAAGAACAAAUUAUAACAGAGAAAAAGAUGGUGGAUGAUGAACUUCAGAAAUGUAAAGAUACUAUUAAGAAUGUUAAAAAUACAGAUGAAGAAACAAAAAAUCAGAUAGACAUUUUAAAACAAGCUAACCUCCUAUUAAGCAAUGAAUUAAAGGAAGUAAUGGAGAAGCUAAAACAGAAGGAUGAAGAAGCAAAAAACAAAGCUGAUGAAAAUGAAGAAAAUGUUAGAAAUAUUGAAAAUGAAAUUUCAAAAAAGGAAAAACAACUGAAAGCAUUAGAAAGCAAGGUUAAUAGUUUAAAAAAGCAGAUUGAAAUGAAAAUCAAGAAUAUUGAAGUACUACAACAAGAAAAUAAAAGCUUGAAAAAGAAACUUGGAUCAGAAAGCAAGCAACUGAGUAUUACUGAAGAAAAGGUGAAUAAUUUGGAAUUAGAGUUGGAAAACACAAAUAGAUUAUACAAAGAAACAAGUGACAACUAUAAAAAUGAAAUUGAGAUGUCUAAGACAAAUGAAAAAAGACUUCUCAAGGAGAUAGAAACAAUGAAUUCUUUAACUAAUGAAGCAGUGGCAAUGAAGAAAGAAAUAGAUAUUCGAUGUCAGCACAAGAUUACUGAAAUGGUAGCACUUAUGGAAAAACAUAAGCACCAAUAUGAUAAAACAGUGGAUGAGAAAGACACAGAAUUAGAGUUUCAUAUGACAAAACUGCAAGAACUAUCAACAGAAAUAGAGUCUUUGAAAAAUGAACUUUCUUGUAAGAAAAGUGAAGUUUUUUCUCUUCAGGAGCAGCUUAAAAGAGAAAUUAAUGAGAAGGAGAAUCUAGCCAAAGAAGCAAGUCAGACAUAUACUGUAAAGACACCACCAAAAUCUAAACUGCUAAGAGAAAGCACCAAUUUGGUUUCAGAAGGAAGAAAAAAGAAAAGAAAAGUUAUUUUGGAAUUGGAUUCUCGGUCAGACAGCUCUGAGAACACUGAUCUCCUGAGUAUUGUAACAGAACAAGAAAUGUUUAAAAAGCUGAAUAAAGACUAUUCAGAAUCUUCUCAUCUAUGCAUCAGGACACCAAAACAGAUUCAAGCUCCAUCUAUUCUGAAAACUCCAGGAUCUUCAAUGAAACUUGCCACUGUAAGAAAGAUGCAAGAGGCAGGAUGGACUGCAAUCUCCAAAAUCGACAGAAGAAAAAAAAUGAAAGAAGCUGGAAAGCUCUUUAUUUAA